UCAGUGUCCUCACUGCCCCUCAGCCCCGGCUCCUCUCACGCACUUGGUUACUUAAGGAUGAACUCUCGGCGGUGGCUCAUGGGCAGCUUCAAUGGACAGACAUGUGAUUUAGAAACUUCGGUUAGCACAGGAGGCUGGGAGAGGGGGAGGAAGGGGAGGAGUGGAGCCAGCUAGACGAAAUCCUGGGCUUCACUUUCCCUGGCUGCGCUGCUGCUGCUGCCACCGAGAUGGAGCUCCCCCAGCAGAUGUAGGCAAUGUGAGUUGAGGUUCAUGUGGAGGCUGUGAAGGGGCUGACAUUGGGGGAAGGCAGAAGGCAGAGAAAGUACUGUUCCUUUCCCAGGGAGCACAGUGGUAGCUUCCAUUCAGAAGUCUGGCUGAUUCAUACACUGGGUGACUACUGAGCCAAGCCGAGAGCAGGGAAGGGGCAGCUCCCUCGGUGCCAGGUGCCUGAGACGAUCGGCUCUGAUUUCCCUGGCCCUGAUCUGCUGAAUCUUCCCACCCACCCCAUUCUCCACUCAUCUCUCCUUCACCUGGAUGGGAAGUCAGGCAGAAUGGACAGGAUGUCGCUGGGGUGGAUAGUUCUCUUCUGGGUAACAGGAGUAGCUGAAGGCUUGCAGGUCAUAGUCCCUGAAAAGACGAAGAAAGCCAUGCUGUUCCAGCCUGUCGUGCUUAGCUGCCGCUUCAGCACAUCUUCCCAGCAGCCAGCUGUCAUACAGUGGAAGUUCAAGUCCUACUGCCAGGAUCGGAUGAAGGAAGCCUUGGGCAUGGCCACGGCCGGGGCUCAGCCCCUCAGCAAAAGGAACCUGGAGUGGGACCCUUAUCUGGAUUGUGUGGACAGUAGGAGGACAGUUCGGGUGGUGGCUUCAAAGCAAGGUGCUGUAGUCACCCUUGGAGAAUUCUACCGGGGAAGAGACAUCACCUUUGGGGAAGGUGCAGAGCUCAAGAUUGGGAAAGUCAUGUGGGGAGACAGUGGCCUCUAUUACUGUAUAGUCACCACCCCUGAUGAUGUGGAAGGCAAGAACGAGGACUCGGUGGAACUCCUUGUGCUGGGCAGGACAGGGUGGCUUGCUGCUCUCUUGCCAAGUUUUGCUGUGAAGAUUAUGUCAGAGUGGGUGUUUGUUGGACUGGUGAUCCUGGGAGUCUUCCUCUUCUUCCUCCUGGUGGGAAUCUGUUGGUGCCAAUGCUGUCCACACAGCUGUUGUUGCUACGUCAGAUGUCCGUGUUGCCCAGACUCCUGUUGCUGUCCUAGGGCAUUAUAUGAGGCAGGGAAGGCUGCAAAGUCUGGAUAUCCUCCCUCUGUCUCCAGUGUGCCUGGUCCUUAUUACAUACCCUCUGUUCCUGUUGGAGGGGUCUCUUCUUCUGCCAUGCUGAUGGAUAAGCCACAUCCACCUCCCCUGGCAUCAAGUGACUCCAUUGGAGGAAGCCAGAGUGUUCGUAAAGGUUAUCGGAUCCAGGCUGACAAAGAACGAGAUUCCAUGAAAGUCCUAUAUUAUGUGGAAAAGGAACUAGCACAGUUUGAUCCAGCCAGAAGAAUGAGAGAAAGAUAUAAUAACACCAUUUCUGAACUCAGCUCUUUGCACGAAGACAAUGGAAAUUUCUGUCAAUCUUACCGCCAGAUGCGGAGGAAGCCGCUCCCUUCUUUGGGGAACAUAGAGAGCGAUACGGACUACUGGACGGGUGUAAUGGGAAACAGUGGUGGGUCAGGACAUGGGCCCUCAUCCUCCAAUUAUAACAAAGAGGAUCGAGACAGCUUCAGGCACAGCCAGCAGCGAUGCAAGUCAGAGAUGUUGUCACGGAAGAAUUUUGCCAUGGGGAUGCCAGCUGUCUCUAUGGAUGAGCUGGCAGCCUUUGCAGACUCCUACAGUCAGCGGUCUCAUCGAGGCGAGGGCAACAGCCAAGAGCCUCGUGGGGGGAGUCGUUUCGAGAGAUCCGAGUCGCGGGCCCAUGGCGGGCUCUAUCACGAUGGUUCCCUAGAGGAAUAUUACAGCAAAAGGAGCCGGAGCCGCGAGCCCCUGACAGACUCAGACCGGGGCUGGUCCUAUAGCCCACCCCGAAGACGGGCUAAUGAGGACAAGCACCUGCCUCGGCUGGUGAGCCGGACCCCAGGCGUGGGCCAGAAGUAUGACCAUCCCUAUCUGAGCAGCGUCCUGGAGAGGAAGUCCAGGGGCGAGGGCAGCAGUGGGGGCGGAAGCCUCGAGACCCCGUCCAAGCGGAGCUCCCAGCCCAUCCAAAGGAGCGGGAGCUACUACGCCUGGUCACCACCGAGCACCUACAAAGCCGGGAGCGGGCAGCAGCCAUCACCACAAGCGGGGGAAGAGGACGAGAUGGAAGAUGCUUUACCGCCCUACAGCGAACUGGAGCUGACGCGGGGCCCCUCCUACAGGGGCCGGGAGUCCUUGUACCAUAGCAACUCAGAAAAGAAGAGGAAAAAGGACUCGCUCAAGAAAACUAAUGACUUUCCAACUAGGAUGUCCCUUGUGGUCUGAUAUUUGUGUUGAAGGCAUCUCUUUGGAUGACUAGAAACCAGGAGGUGACUACAGGGACAAGAAUCUGACCCAAGACCCAGCAGGCCAUCCAAUAUGGAAGACUUGCCAGUUACCUACUUUGUCCUGAGGAGACUCAUUCCAAACCAGAGUGUCCAUUGAAUUAGCUCUUCAAGAAAUGUAUCAGAAAAAAAAAAAACAGCUAGGUUUGGGAUUGUUCCCAUGUUUUUCACCUAAAGUGUUUCAUCAACCUUGUUGCUCUGCUUUGCAGAACCAGAACCAGAACCAACUUUAUUUCCUAAUAUAUAACGAAGCUAGCUUUUGAUCUCUUAUCACCUGAUAUCGCCUCUGUUCGUGGCCCACUUUCCACAACUGGGACACCCUCCUUAGGGUCCUUUUGGAUUCAUUGGGACAAGGACAAAAAAGGCAAUUCUUCCCUAAAAAGGGGAGGUCUUCAGCUAGCAUUUGAACAUGGCCCUAAAGCAAAAAACAUAACCCUGUUCUCUGACUGUCUCUGAACUAUUCAUCUAACAUGAUGACAAAAAUCCAAAGGCCUUUGGAGAUCCUUUGAUGCAUUUGCUGCAAGUCUUAGUAAUGGUGCCAUGUCGGGCAAUGGGACUUCAUUUCUUCAGUGACUGGAGCAAAAAAUAUGAGGGUAAAACACACCUUCCUGAAAAGUUGUUUGAGUUCAAGAGACACAAGGCGGCCAGUACCACGUGGUGGUCAGAGAGCUAGCCUCAAAGCCAAGAAGACUUGAGUUCAAGCCUUGCUUCUGAUGCCUACUGACUCUGUGCCCCUGGGCAAGUCCCUUAGCUUCUCAGUAUUGUACACAGCUCUCUGUGCCUGUGUACUAAGAGAAAAGGGUGGCCUGCAUUGGUAGGGAGUGUUUCUUCACACCUAGACCAGUGAAAUAACAGGUCCAGUAUCUAUCCUUUUGGGACACGUGACAUUUAACAAUCCAAACUGUUUUGUCUUUAUGCUGCUCACUUGAACAUACAAGUCAGCCUGACUUGGGCUAUUAAAGGGCUCUCACCUCCUUCUCCCUUAACUGGGUGGCAUAAUUAAGAGAACUGUGCCUCCAGCAGUGAUAUGAUUUUGAGGUCCUUGGAGAACUCAAGAUAACUUUUUGAAAUACAUAAAUGAAAGAGGAGAAGAAAGGAAGAGAGAGGAAAGUUAAUAAUGCAAGAGAGAGAAUGAGAAAGAAGCUGGGGGAAAGCAGAUAUGUGUCAGUUCUGCAUGCUUACCAUUUCCCCUCAGAAAUAACAGGAUCAUUGAUCAUCUUUGCACCUACUUGACCAUGAAUUCUUUCUCCAUCCCAUUUCUGCUAGCUCAGUCAGCGUGGGAUGGUGAAGAAUGGUCCUUGCAGGCUAAGCAAGCUAAGGCUUGGAAUAAGAAACUUCUUAGCAUUCUGUGCAUAGUGGGCACUCAGUAAAUAUUGAAUGAAUGAAUGAACGAAUGAGUGAAUACUGCUUUCUUAGCAAGAGAGGAUCUCUUCCUCCUGUGCUUGAAUGAUCAAGUUUGUUUAAGUCUCAAUCUUGUUUAUCUUCUGAAACAAGAGUUCCUCUCUUCUCUGACCAGCAUCCUACCUGUGGAGUUUACAGUGGGAUGGCAAAGGCCCUUAGUUGCUUGCCAUGGAAACAGAUCCUAGCAUCUCAGUUUGAGGUUCUACCAGCCAACUUCAUUCUCAUUCCUCCAUCCGUCAUUUACAUAGGAUGGGCUGGCCUCUAUCUAAUCUGAGCCACAUGAUUUUGAAAGAGAUUCUUGACUGAGGCAUGGGAAGGUAGCUAACUCCUAAAAUUUCCUUUUCCAUAAAGGAGAAUAUCCUGUCUGGUUGCCUAGCCCUGUGACUACACAUCUAAUGCCUCUUUUUAGCACUGGACAUUGUAAACCACCCAUCAGUUGGACAGAAUCUUGAAAUGAUUGUUCAGCUCUCUCAUCAACCCAGCCACAUUGGUAGUUUGGUCCAUGCUUGAGUUGGAAUCUCUUGGAAGGGCCAAUCGUACUUGACCUUGAAAUCCCAAUCUGCUUGCCCCCUACUCCCUGAAGGAAUCCCAUUUCCAACCUCAGGAGCUCUGGGUCCUGCUUCUGCGGGUCCCUUCUUCAGAAUCUCCUCAGGCUUCUGCAGAGCUACCUGCUCCCAGGAUAGAUACGGGAAAGCCUGAGGGUCACAUUCCAUUGGCCUCCAAUGUAUUUAUAACAAUUCUCAAAAUUGGGGGUUGUAGAUAUUGAGGUACAACCAGCUCCAUUUUGGAGAGGAGGAAAAAUACACCCUGCAUGCCACAUAUGAUCGGUGAAAUGAGGAUUGAUUUCACCCAGAUAUGGACCAUCUCCAUCAGCAGGACUGGUUUCCCAAAGGAACACAAAGUAUCCCUGACCCUCACAGUGGAACAGAGCCCAGGGUACUUAUAACAGCUCCAAUUACUGCCAUUCCUGAGAGAUGGGUGGACUUCUUCAAUAACAAGAUCAAAUCAUACUGCUGGUGCUUGCCCACUCCUCUUCCUCAUAGUCUAACUUGUUUUGUUUUUUUUUCAUGAAUCUUCAACCCCUAGACCUGAUCUGUUUCAGAUAAAAAAUCAAAGUACCAUUUCUCUGUUACCUUCUCUGUAGUUUACUAUUCUUAGACAACCACAGCCUCAUAUUCUAGCUUGCUUGGGCCCUGAUACAGCAGAAGUUGGGGAGUUUUAGUGGCUAUUAUCUAAAUGGAGCACUAUGCCAGGCUUCACGCAAAUAGAGAACCAUAGCACCAGCUGCAGAGACCAAAAAAAUUAAUUGUUUUUAUUAACAGAUGGUAUGUAUGAUUUUUAUAAAGGUGGCAGGGAGCAAGGGGGAGAGAACUAUUAUAAUUGGAAACCUCUAUUUCAAAAGUCUGUAAACUACAUAUAAACAAUAAAAAGAUAAUUAACUGAUAAUUCAAAAGAGCAUUUCUGAGCAGCUACUAUGCAAGGGUCAGGCACUGGGUUCCUAGCAGGGAUUCAAAUACAAAAGAAUAAAAAAAGCCUCACUCUAAGAAAAAAAUGACAUUCUUAUGACAAGAUAACUCCAGGUUUAUGAAAAUCUGGGGAAGAAGGACUGGAGUCUUCUUUAUAGGGGCACAAUAACUACCUAAACUUUCCACCAUCAACUGUGGUAGAAAAAUGUUCUUUCUUGAGUACAAUUAUGUUCCAGGUUUAUAGGAGAGUUUCACUGAUUGAUGAGAUUAAAUAAAGCCAAGGUUGGCCAGUCACCAUUAAGUACAACUGACUCCCCUCUGACCCCUUUGACCAUCUAAAAUGCCUUUAUUUUCAAGUAGCUAGUGCCCUUAUCUCUCCUCACUCAAAGAAAAGCUAAACAAGAUGUUAAAAACUGAAUAUGUGUCCCUGCCUGGGAAUCUUCCCACUUAAAAAGAGAAUUUCAAGUCGGGUUGGUGUUUUAGCUCAAAUUAAUGACUAAUUAUAAAAUCUCAUCCAUUAGUUAGAUAUUUUCUUGGACAGAGAUCUCAAUGAUCUGCACGUCUUUGGAGUCCACCAGUGUGACCCAGUCAAUCAAUUAAGUAUUCAUUGAGUGACUCCCGGGUGUCUAGCAAUGUUUUAUAGAGACAUAAUAUGUCUGUCUCUGCUCAACAGUCCAGCUGGGUUGACAAGACACACACAUAUGAGAUAAUCAAUUCUAAGAUAAUAUAUGAAAUAGCCUUAUAAGUAAAACCACAAAAAUUUACAAAUAAUUUUAAUAUGUGUCAAAGAACUUGAAAUGUUUUUAAGCUAAAAUAAUUUGUCUUUUAAAAAAUCAUAGCUGUGUGGGCUUCCUCUGCCCAGAUUAUGUCCUGCUUAAAAACAAUAGUACCUGUUAAACAAAAAUCGGAAUUUUGAAAAUGGGCAAAUAGGGGAUGAUGAUCUCCCAGAAGGAUUUUCACUUUACAGAAGAAUAAACUGGCUCUUUGUUUAACACAAUGCCAACCUCCAGUAUAUAAAGCAUAUAAAAUAUUAUUUAUUUUGAAUCUACUUUUUAUUAUGAUGUAGGUUCACAAAUGAUAACUUGGGAGAAAGUAGACAUCAGUUCUAGUCUUUGCUACUAACUCUGUGACCUUGCGAAAGUCACUGAGUAUCUCUAGGCUUGAAUUUUCUCAUGCAUAUAAUGAUGAGGCUAAAUUACAGGAUCAUUAAAAUUUUUCCAUCUCUUAACAUCCUAGGGUUCUAUGAAUACAGUUAUGGUACAAAGUGAAAUACACCCACACAGCAGGAACAUGAUGCAUUAUCAUUCUUUCCCUAUAUUGGCUGAGAAUUCUAUAACAUUUCCUUAGACCUUUUGUCUCAUCGCUUUAGGGACCUUACAGAUGACAGUCACCUCAUAUGUUCCCCAAAAUUAGAGCAUAUUUGAACUACAUCCAUAUGGUCCAUAGCCUGCCAUAUAAGCCAUUGGAAAAUACUUUGAGGGUCUUACACCUCAAAGCAAGCCUUGCCCAUCAUUGGGAAGGAUCUAGAGAAAAUUGUGCAACUUCUAAUUUCUUUUCUCUGUUUAGUGCCACCCCCUUCUCUCUCUCCCAACAAGCUCCUUCCCUGUCACCUAUUCCCCAAAUACCCAAUGUCUUUCCACUCUCUUGUUAUAUAUCUCUACUCAGUCUUUUGAGGGGAUCUGAUGUCAGUCACUGAUGCAUGGCUGUAAAUUUGAGAGUCUGUAUUGGGCAAAGAAGAACGGACACAGGGCCACUAACUAGAUUAUGAUUUGGGGUAAUUUGUUAACUUCUCUGGUUAGUUUCACGAUCUAAAAAAAUAUGGAUGACAAAACUUGUCCUGCUUCACUCAUGGAUGGUGGCGAGGAUCAAAUGAGAUAAUGGACUUUAAAAUGAUGAAAUGUUAUACCUCAGCAAGGUAUUUAAAGCAAUGAUUACCCCCUCAGGAUUUGGGGCUUUGCAGCUUUUCUCUAACUGUGAAAGAAGGAAUUUUUCCCUUCUUAAAGGAGUCUCAGACUUAAAUGGGGAAAAUUUGAAGAGAGCCUGCCCAGGAUCCAUGAAAUCAGCACAUCCUGUGGCUUAAGGCUGGCUCCUGAGGAUCCACAUAUGCUGUCUCACUGCAGGCUAUUCUAAGACCUUAAGAAAGCCAGGUUCAGCUUUUCCAGGGUUCAAUCUUUGGUCCAUUGUGAGGCUGGGACGGUAGGGAAUUGUUGCUGAGCCACUGACCAGAUUCUCUCAUUUAAAUGGCUUUCCUUGAUCUGUAGUUAUUGUCUUUACAUAGCCCAAGGAGGGCUUAGCUUGUCAGGGUUUGGAGGAGAGACAUAGGCUUAGCUAGACAGGCCUGUGAUUCAUGAGGCUCUUCCUCCUUCUAUGAAUCAGUGCUGAGUCAGUGAAGGGGUGGAGGACUGGGUCUGUGCCUCAAGAGGUGCCCACACAUCACAGGACUAAAUGUUAUAGUAGGAUCAUUAGAGAGGCACAGACAUUUUCCAUGGACUGACUCAGUGGUACCAAUCAGUUGUGCUGAUCGACCUCAGAGUAGAAAUCUGAAAUUAGAAAUCUACCUUGAAGUUAUAGCUGCAUAUAGGCAAGAUGCUACAUUUCACUAGCAGAGGGAGGGGGUAGGAGAUAGUGAGGAAGAGAGGGGGAGAGAGGGAGGGAGAGAGAAGAGAAAGAGAGAAGACAGGACAGAGAGAGAGAGAGAGUGAGGGAGGGAGAGAUAAAUAAAAUAGAUAGAUGGAUAGAAAGAAAGAUAGGUAGAUGGAUGGAUGGAUGGAUGGAUGGAUGGAUGGAUGGAUGGAUGGAUGGAUGGAUAAUAAAAUGCAUAAUACUUAUUCUGUGCUAGGUACUAUACUAAGUGCUAGUGAUAUAAAAAAAAAUCAAGCAAAUCAGUCCUCAUCCUCAAGGAGCUUACAUUUCUAGUGGAAAAAUGUAAUUUAUUCUUAACUCCUGGUAGAAGGCUAAGCAUACUGCAGAUGGGGAUUGUUCUUCUGGUUCUAUGGUUUUCUGGCUUAUAUUUAAGCUGUGCUGAAUUAAUUAUACCACACUAUCUGGUAUUGGAUUUGAGUCAGCCAAAUGUCACAACUGAUAAGAGUGUUAGAGCAGGCAUUCAAAUCCAUCUUCAGACACUGACUAGCCCUGCGACUUUGGGAAGUCACUUACUUGUCUGCCUCACUUUCUUUAUCUGUAAAAUGGGAAUAAUAAUAGUACUUCUCUCCCAGGAUUGUCAUGAGGAUAAAAUGAUAUAUUUAUAAAGUGCUUCACAAACUUUAAAGUGGUAUUUAAAUGUCACAUAUGGAGAAAAGGUCAUGUGAAGGUAGGACCACUUCCCCCAAAGCAGAUAAACAUUAGACAGAGUUUAAAAUAGUUUAUAUCACUGCUAUCCUCCUCUUAUCUAAUGAUAAUAAUUCACAUUUAUAGUGUACUUUCUAUAUAAAGCACUUUCCUGUGAAAAAGUCUAUGAGGGAGAAAGUUCCAAUAUUAUUAUACCCAUUUUACAGAGGAGAAAACUAAGGGUUAGCUGAAUUAUCCAAGGUCAUGUAGCUACUAAGUGUUGCAGUGAGGCUUUGAAUUCAGGUCUAUCUUCAAGUUCAGAGUCUUGACAUUAUACCAUGCAACCCCUAGUACCUUCCAAAUAAUUUGGAGCAAUCAAAUUUGGUCCCCAAUUACUAAUAUAUAAAAUAGGCAGAAACAAUUAGGAAUCUUUGCUAUUGUUCAGUUGUUUCAGUAGUGUUCAAUUCUUCCUGACCCCAAUUAGGGUUUUUGUGGCAAAGAUACUAGAGUGGUUUGUCAUUUCCUUCUCAAGUUCAUUUUACAUAUGAGGAGAUUGAGGCAAACAGGGUUAAGUGACAUGCUCAGGAUUAUAUGGCUAAUAAAUAUGGCAGAAUUUGAAUUCAGGUCUUCUUGACUCCAGGCUCAGAACCUUCCCCAUUGUGCCACCUUGAUGCCCUCUAAAUGAAAAAACUGAGGUAUAAAGAAAUUAAAAGACUUGGCUGAAUUCGAAGAUAUAAAGACAAAGGGUCUGAGUUUCUCUAUAUAUCGUUUCCUUUAGCUUCUGCCAAUUAGAGCUAAAAUAAUACCUUCCUCAAGCUUCAGAAUUUUGUCUCCAAAUAUCCCACAUCAAAUGCCAAAGAGGUCGAUUCCUAAUUAUCUGGGGAGGGAACAUUCUGGUUACCUUCCACCUGAAAACUUUAAGACAAUCUGGCCCCAUCAGUACUAUUUUGUCUCAGCCUUAGCUGGAGAAUUUUCUUUCUUUCUUUUUAAAAAUAAUAUCUUUAUUUUGUUUUAAUAACAAAUUUCCACACAUGUUUUCCAAAGUUAUAGGAUUCAUGUUGCCCUGCUGGAGAAUUUUCUUUCUUUCUUUUUAAAAAUAAUAUCUUUAUUUUGUUUUAAUAACAAAUUUCCACACAAGUUUUCCAAAGUUAUAGGAUUCAUGUUGCCUAGUUGGCGAAUUUUCUUUCUUUCUUUUUAAAAAUAAUAUCUUUAUUUUGUUUUAAUAACAAAUUUCCACACAAGUUUUCCAAAGUUAUAGGAUUCAUGUUGCCUAGUUGGCGAAUUUUCUUUCUUUUUUUUAAAAAUAAUAUCUUUAUUUUGUUUUAAUAACAAAUUUCCACACAAGUUUUCCAAAGUUAUAGGAUUCAUGUUGCCUAGUUGGCGAAUUUUCUUUCUUUCUUUUUAAAAAUAAUAUCUUUAUUUUGUUUUAAUAACAAAUUUCCACACAAGUUUUCCAAAGUUAUAGGAUUCAUGUUGCCCUGCUGGAGAAUUUUCUUUCUUUCUUUUUAAAAAUAAUAUCUUUAUUUUAUUUUAAUAACAAAUUUUCACACAAGUUUUCCAAAGUUAUAGGAUUCAUGUUGCCCUGCUGGAGAAUUUUCUUUCUUUCUUUUUAAAAAUAAUAUCUUUAUUUUGUUUUAAUAACAAAUUUCCACACAAGUUUUCCAAAGUUAUAGGAUUCAUGUUGCCCUGCUGGAGAAUUUUCUUUCUUUCUUUUUAAAAAUAAUAUCUUUAUUUUAUUUUAAUAACAAAUUUUCACACAAGUUUUCCAAAGUUAUAGGAUUCAUGUUGCCCUGCUGGAGAAUUUUCUUUCUUUCUUUUUAAAAAUAAUAUCUUUAUUUUGUUUUAAUAACAAAUUUCCACAGAAGUUUUCCAAAGUUAUAGGAUUCAUGUUGCCUAGCUGGAGAAUUUUCUGAAGAAAAGGGGAGGGGGAGUUAUCUCCAAUCCCCAGGAGCCUAUAUUCUUCAAUUCACAGAGCAGUGAUCUGUUGUGAUUAUGUCAAAUCAAAGAACAAAAAUUACAGGUAAUUUUCUCAUCCUCUUCAUGCUAUUUUGGGCAGAACAUUAGUCACACCAAGGACAGCUAGAGAGGGGGCCAUGGGCUCAGGAGAUGGCAAAAAAUAAUAAUAAAUGACUUUGUUUUUUGGUCAUCCAUGCAUACAAGAAAAUCAUUGACUAAUCCACACCUUAUGGCCAAGAGUGGAAGUGGUUCAAGAGAAGCUUUAUACACCCUGUCAAAAAUUAAAAUUGCAGGAAGCCUUGAGGAGCUGGUGAUGUUUUUUAAUAAGCUCUGGAAGCCAAUGCAAAAUCCAAACCCAUUAAGAACUGACACUUAGGGCACCAAUGGGCCAGGAGAAAGAUAAUGAUCCAGCAGCGAAGGGAUUUGUUUUUCUGCCGUCAAAGCCUUAGUUCAGACAGGUUGAGUGAAGUUUGAUGAUCUCAUCAGUCUUUAGAGCCCUGCAUCUCCAGCUUGAGGACAUAGGGCUUAGCUAUAGCAAUUCCCAUCAACAGGUCAGACUUUGCUGAGUAAAGAGACAUACAUACAUUAGCCACAGAUCAGUGGAGCUUCUGGGUGAAGACGAGGAAAGGAGCCAAGAGGACUGGACCUUCAGCUAACUUUCCAAAGAGCCAAACUCUUGCUGAUGUUCCAGCAUCAGCCACACAUCUUGGCACUCAUUCUUCCACGGUUGUUCUGAAAAUAGGGAAUUUCAGGUGAUUUUGGAGCAGCCACUACCUCCCAGGGUUGUUGUGAGAAUCAGAUGAGAUACUAUUUACAAAGCUGCUAUUAUUGUUAUUAUUAUUAAUACUAAAAUUGAAAUGAGGGUGUUUGACUAGAACAUUGACGUUAUCUCCCAGGUCUCUUCUGCAGCUCUGAGUCAGACUCUUUCUUUGUCAUUCAUCGAUGAAGUCAAACACUCAUGAAAUGUUCUGGUGGAAGAAAUGAGAAAUAACUUUACCUCAGAGAGCUGCAUUUUUUGUGAGCUCUUCCAGGGCCCAUUUGGCAGAGGUUCUGAAGCAACUCACUGCACAAACUUUAGAAUUUCAUCUUGAAAAAUAUUCUGGGCAAACGUCAGAAUUCAGCAAGUCUUGGAAAUCUGGGAAGGGGCUCUUGGGUGAAAUUUCUAGCACCUCAUUCCACUGGCUUCAUUUAAGGAUUUGGGGGAAGGAAGUAAAGGAUAUGGAAAUGAAGGAAGAAAGAAGAACUAGAGAGGGAAAAUGUUAUUAGAAUCCUAGCUCAAAAACAACCAAAACAAAGGGUUCUCUGGGGAUUUAGGGGGCAAGAUUAGGCAUAUAGAUACCCCAUGUGGAGGGACCUGCUCUUACCAGGAAUGUAAUAGCCUUUCUCCCAGGUACUUAAUUUUAGCUUUAAGAAGUGACUUCAAUAAUAACAGAAUCUCCAGACCCCAGGUCUUAAGAGUUUUCCCUGUGGCUGAAUUCUAUAGAAAAUGGAAUAGGAGGAGAAAUGGGGAGGAUCAGGUGCUUGACUGUUCCAAUAAUGCACCCAACCAUCAUGUUUGUUCUUUAUGCUAUGUCCUUAGUGUAAAAAAAAAAAAAACCAAAAUGUUAUAUCAAUGUUGCUCAUAAAACAAUGUGAUCAGUUGUUACGGGACAUUCCUGGUGAAUUUGGCUGUAUUGUCUUCAAACCUCAAAAUAAAGUAUAAUUUGAUCAAUGGC